AUGAAGUCAUUGCACCAGGCACUUUGUAGUCUCACUCCCACAGCUACCUCUUCAGCAGAGCUACUCAAGCAGCUCCAUGAGUGCCGUUGCCCUGAAGAUCCAAGUCCUGAGCACCAGGCUGAAAGGCUGCUCAAUCAACUGACCUACCAAGAUUUCCCUGCCCUUCGACGAGCAAAAGCGAAACUCACUGUCGCAUCGUGUGAUAAGAAAAUUGACAUCUUCUUCCAGGCUCGAAUAACAGGCAUGGUUGGCACUCUGAACCUUUAUCUUGAUCCUCAGCUUUCGUACUCAUGGCAUCAAGUGUCGCUGAUUGCAGCAAAGGCAGCAGGCUGUGGGCCAAAUCAUGCACAAAACCUUUGGACCUGGAUACAAAAAUAUCUGAGAGCUGGAAAGCUACCAUUGCAUCGCUAUGGCACAUACCACUUGUCGAUUCUCAAGGACAAAGACUUUGCAAGUGAGAUCCAAGGGCAUCUCAGUGAAAUCUCGCAGAAGGGCUACAUCCACGCUCGAGACAUUGUGGACUACAUUGCAACUCUGGAGGUGCAACAGCAGCUUGGAACUAAGGCAAGGGGCAUCUCAGAUUGCACAGCCCGAUGUUGGCUGUGA